CCACGACAUUAUCGUGGGUGGCCGCGUGUGUGCUGGGCACCUCGCUCUACAGCGAGGACGCGGUCGGCGACUGGGUCGACUGGGGCGCUCGAGGUCUCGAGUCUUACUACUUGUACGACUCCAUCACCGACGGUGCUGAGAGCAACGACUGCUCGGACGGCGACGAGGAGAUCGACGAUACGAGCGAGGAGCCUCGCAUGCCACCGCAGAGAUGGAGCAGAAUAUACUAUUGGCCGAGGGCCGACGACAAGAAGGGGUUGACCAUGCUGCUGGUGCCCCGCUUCACGGCGACGACGGGGGAGAAGCGCUGGGUUGCCAUUGAUCCGACGGGUCGGCUCCAGGUGGUGGGUCUCUCGUCCACGACCAAGGUGAAGGCCAGCAGGGACUACCAGCGCAAGAACUCAACCACGAGGAAAGGUCAUCGACGCCACUUCGUGACGUGGGUUGCGGAGAUUGCGAGCAACACGGUCGGCUACAUGUGGGCUCGGCGAAGCUUCGGAGGUUUCGCGGGAUCUACCUUUGUGCUGUGGCGUGCCUGUACCUACUUCAACGCGAUCGAGUGGACCAAGUGGGCCUACUCGAGCGCUAAGGAGACCAUCGACACGGCGGAGGGCUUGAAUGAGGAGUACGAGCACAUCCUAGAACUGCACGGGAGCGGGUCGAGUGAGUCCGAGCUGGCGAAGCAGCUGAGCGUGGUGGCGGACAGGCUUCCAGCGUUGGAGAUCAAGAGCUCACAGCCCCCUCUGCCGCCUCCAGCUGCGCCUCCUCCGACACGGCCCCUUCUUUCCUCGUCGACGGGCUGGGGCGGGGACCUAGCGGGGGACUCGGGCACGAACUGCGACCAGAUGAUGUCCCAGCUGCUCGAGCGACCCGACAAGCACAAGGAGAUUGUCCAGGCUGGCAGUCUGGCAGCGACAGCAGGCACUCCUCCUCGAGCUCAAGAGAUGACGGUCAGGGAUCCCGAAGUCGCGGCGUUGGUGCGACUUCUGGAUGACUCCUUCAAGGACAUGUGCGUCAUGGCGAAGGAGAAGUUGGAGGCCUUCAGCCCCGCCGUGAGCUGGGCGAUACGUGGGGGAAUCAAGACCCGUGUCGCUCCAGCUAUGGUGCCUCGCCUUUACAGGGGCGGCGCGACCGCCGUCUCCACGAUCCGCGAGAUGACCGAUGAGAUGCUGCUCGCCGGGGUGAUGAUCGACCGCUCCAUGAUCGAAGCCCCUCCCGAGUUCAUCAACUACAAGACGACGGAGCUCGCGCUUCGGAGGAUCAACUACCACGUGCUGGAGGAGCUCGAGGGGGUCCUGAUCGACGGCGUGGAGAAGGAGCUGCGCGAGCGACGCGCGCAUCGCGCUCUGCUGGCCGAGUCCCUCGACAAGCUCCACGACCGCAAGAACGCGCCGACGAAGCAGGGCGAGUAG